AAUGUAAACAUCCAUACACAUUAAAAAAAUAGUAUCGAAUAAAAAAUAGUAUUGAACAGGAAAGAAAACCAUACCCAAGAGUAAAAAGGUAUGGACUAUAUGAAAUCAUUUAUGUAAAAUAUUAAAACAUUAUCAUUUUCUUUACGUCCAUAUAAAUAAAAAAAUCAAAGCAUGAAUGAUAACAUAUAUAUCAUACAGACCAAUUUAAACUUAAUGGUCACAUGUGAAGACUUUGGCACAAACAUGGUAAAAGCUUAAUGUAUAUUAAACCCAGGUACAUAAGUGCUAGUCUGAUAAAUUUCUGAGUGAAACAUUUCCUGACAAUACAGAAAACCUGGAGUUUGACAUUAAAAGGCGCAAACAGAAAACUUCAUGUAUGUUCAAGAACACAGAGUAAAAAGAAGGGACUCAUCACUGACUCCUAGGUCAGUGUAGUUUGGCAAGUCAGAAGCAAUAUUUUCCGAGUAGUUGAGUGAACAAAGGAAGAAAAGAUAGAUGAACAAAUAAGAUGGGGAGGAAAAGAUGUAAAAGAAAAAAUAGGCUAAUUAGCUUUUCCAGUCAUUAUUCUGGAUAGAGCUGAAGAAACAUUAUACAUUGCAAUCCAGACAGGAGGUGUCCUUAGAGAAACUGAAAAAAAAUUUGGCCAGUGUUUGUGUAGGUUUUGAUCUUGCUAAACACAGAACCAGAAUGCCAUUGUCUGAAUAUAUAAAAGACCGCUGUAACAAACUCCAUGAAUCUUUGAUUAAGUUUCUAUCACAGAAUAUGGAAUUUUAUUUAAAAAUCAGAAUGCUUUGGUACUCUUAACACUCUUCCAACAUAGUUAGUUUUACACAUAGAUGACAACGACAACUCCUCCUCUUCCUCUUCUUCUUCCUCCUUCUUUUUUGAGGAGUCUUACUAUGGAGCCCUGGCUGGCCUGGAACUCACUAUGUAGACCAAACUGGCCUUGAAGUUACAGAGAUCACAUCACAUGCCUUUGCCUCCCAAGUGUUGGGGUUAAAGGUAUAUGUCAUGUCCAGCCUAGAAUAUGUCUUAAAACUCAAGUUAAGCCAGUGGCUGGAAAACAAUGUCAUAAAGCACUAAAAAUUUAGAAUGCAGUUAUGAAUUAUACUGGUUUAAGGAAAGUGGCAGUAGCAGGUUCUUCUCUAAGACCUAUGAUCUUGUUAGCUCUAAGUUUACAGUAUCAGGCAUAGUUUCCCUGCUGCCUUAAGCCCAAUUAGAAAGCUGUUGGUUACUACCAAAAUAUGUGCCACUAUUGCACCUUUAGAGAUAUGUUGCUAUGCUGGUCAUUGUUGUGGCUAAUAGGUGUCAUAGCUGGGUAGGACUAUUGGUUGUAUUCCUCUCAAGGCAGCUUGUAAUGUACUUUCCAGUACUAUGAAAACUAAUCCUCAAGGAUAAAGCUUUCAGGUCAGAUCCAGUGGCAUUCUAAAUACUCCUUAUAUAUACAGAUAAGUGGCUCUUGCCCCUCAAAGAAGCUUCUUUUGUAUCAGACAGAGACUAUUACCAAAAGCACCAUCUUGUCAAAAUGCAGACAUCAACUGAUCAUGGGCUGCCUAGCCCCAACUGAUAAAUCUACAACAAAACCCAUACACAUAAGGCUCAAGGAACAUUGUAGAAGAGGAAAGUGAAAAAUUUAAGAACCAGAAGAUCAGAAUAUUUGCUUCUAGAUAGGACACAGAAGAUAUACCUAAGAAGUCUCAACAAUAUGGUUGCUUAAGCAAGAUUUAAUAACUACAACACCAGUUGAUUUGUCAAUGUGGAUGAGGGAAAUGUCAUAAGGCCAAACCCUUAGAUGAAGAAGUAAAGGUAACAGUGAUUGCCAAGAGAGAAAAAAACUAGUUGUCCUCAGGGAGGUGCCUCUAAUUGGUUAUCCAAUACCAAGUGCUUAACCUUGAAAAUAUAUACAACACAAGCAACAUUAAACAGUAUGCUGUAUUUACAAAAUUACAUAUUUACACAUAUAUGUAAGAAUAAUAAUGAAAUGAAUAAGAGGGAGUGAGGUGGGGAUAUAGGAUGGGUUAGUUGGAAGAGAGGGAGGGAGAAAUGAUAUAAUUUUUAAAAACUGCAAAAAAUAACUUGGAUGAGAAAAAAGCAUGCAGAUUUUUGGUUGGGCCUGAUCUCAAUGAGAUUUGCUUGUAUAUAGUUGUAGCACUCAGUUUCAUUUGGCACUAUAUUUCAGAAAGUGCAUAAACAGGUUGAAUAAAGAAUAGGUUAAGCCUGGCGUGGUGGCGCAUGCCUUUAAUCCCAGCACUUGGGAGGUAGAGGCAGGCGGAUUUCUGAGUUUGAGGCCAGCCUGGUCUACAGAGUGAGUUCCAGGACAGCCAGGGCUACACAGAGAAGAAACCCUGUCUCCAUAAAACCAAAAAACCAAAAACCAACCAAACAAAAAAGAAUAGGUCAAGCAGAAGUAUAUCUGGAAAUACAAAUAACAUUUGUCGAUAAAAACUAUUAGAGGCUUAUAAAAAGUGUUAAAACAAUUUUAGUUGGUGUCCUGACAAUGGUAUCAGAUAAUAUCUAAAUUAAAUUUAGUAACUGUUUGUGUAAUCUUAAAUAAUGAAAACUUGGAUCCUAUCAGUGGUAAGCAUUCCCUACCUUUUAAUGUCACAUUAAGAAACACAGUUUAAAUGUUAUCAAGAGCUGUACAGAUGGCUCAGUGUACUUGCUAGUUUAUGUCUUUUUGACAUAAACUAGUCAUCAGAGAUGAGGGAGCCUCAAUUGAGAAAAUGUCUUGAGAAAAAGAUCGAGCUGUAGGAUAACCUAUAGGCAUUUUCUUAAUUAGUGACUGAUGGGGGCAGGUCCAGCCCAUUGUGGGUGGGGAUACCCCUGGGCAGGUAGUCCUAGGUUCUAUAAGAAACAGGCUGAGGAUGCCAUAAGCAUCAACCUCCAUGGUCUCUGCUUUGGCUCCAGGCUCCAGGUUCCUGUUUUGCUUGAGUUUCUGCCCUGACUUCCUUCAAAAAUGAAGUGAUGUGGAAGCUCAUAAUCCAGAUAAACCCUUCCCUCCCCAAGUUGCUUUUGGUCAUGAUGUUUCAUCACAGCAAUGGUAACUGUAUCUAAGACAGUGGGUCACAGCUGUAACCAAAGCACAUGGGGUGGAACAUAUCCUGGGAACUUGAUGGCCAGGUGACUUGGCAGAUACAUAGAGCAGGGCACCUACUGUUCUCCUCUGGCCUCUGCACACAUCAGAACACAUGUGCAUGUACAACCAUACACACCACACACACAGACACAUGCCCGUACACAUGCAUGUAUCACACACAAACUAUAUUAUCAUCAGUUAAUAUAAUGUUCAGGAACAUUAAAAUAAAAUACUCAUAGCUCUAGAAGUGAUCUUACUAUCUAUAUUAAACGAUGAUCUCUAUAAAAUAUUUGAAAAUGUUUUACUGAAUUAACUUAUGUUAACUGUAAUAAAGUAAAAUUUGAUUAUAGUAAUCCUGUAAUUUUUUUUUACUGAUAGAAAUUUCAUUUUUAAACAUCCUUUAAAUUAGCCUGAAUCUGGAGAGUUCUAGAAUUUAAUAAAAAGCAUGCUACCGACUCACUAAAUUUAGAGAUAUUUAUCACAUAUAAUGUCUUAGUGAUCAUUGGUGUAUGUACUUAGGAAAUACUGACUUUCCAACUGCCAACACAAGGCUUAGUUCUACAUAUACACAGAAAAGGAAAUUCAGAAGUACAUGCAUAUCUUCACCUUACAAAAGAUCUUCAGACAGAAUAAGCUUCCAAAUACUAUCUCACAUGUACAAUGCCAUAUAAGGGCAACAUGAACUGCCUGGCUCCCUGAGUGACAUCUCAGUACUAAGCACUGCUGUUAGUUUUUGGAAAGUAUUAUGCACAGAGCCAGGCUAGAUGGUGUCUGUCUCCACCAUCUUAGAAAAAACAAUUCUAUAUAAGCUUUGGUUAUCCUGCUUAUACAAAAAUAGAACUAAUCAAAUUACAACAAUUUCAACCAAAGCCUAUUUAAAGUUACCCAGAAAACACAAAAGUAGGAAAAUUUCAAGAGACAAUAUGAAUGCUGCAGAAUUAUUAUUUUUUAGGUUUCUAAAGUACAUACUCAGAAUGCCGAAUUUCAAAACCUGAAAGUUAAAAUGCUCCAAAAUCUGAAAUAUUUAAAAAUUUUACAUACUGGAAUUUUAGGGUAGGAAUGUUCAACCAGUAAAGUCUGUGAAGAUAUUCCUAGAUCAGAAUAACUCCGAAAACGGAAACACUUAUAGUCCUAAACAUUUCGGAUAAGGGAUACUUAAUCUGAUGAUAGAAACUUACUUUAUUUGUAUUAAAUACAUUUGUAACCUUCGAUUUAAAAAACAAACAAACAAGGGAGUAAAUGCAGAGAAACUUACGAGGGGAAUGGAAUAUACACCUGAAGCAGACCCUUGGUGAUGUGAGGAGAGUAUUGGCAUGUGACUGACACUCAGAAGUGGGUAGGAACUAAUCAGAGGAAAACCUAAAGCUUUGUUACUUAUGGUGCGCAUAGUUUUGAAAAGCUUCUAAGGUAACUCUUACACAUCCCUUUCCCUGAGAGAAAAUCAUUGCAAAUAAAGGAACCACUGCAAAGAGCUUCAAGAAGGAAGAGAUGGUUUAAUAAAUAGUGUUGUGCAAAUUUAAAAUAAAAAGCCAAAUUAUAUCCUCACCUUGUACCACACCAAAGGAAAUUUAAAUGGAAUUAAAAGUUAGUUGUAAAUAAAGAAGUUAGUUGUUAAAAAAAAAACAUAGAUGGCUAAAUCAUCUGAGGAUGGGAAAUAGUUUUCUAUUAAUGCAAUGAUAGCAAUCCUUAUAGAGAAAUGUCUAGGUUAUGCUUGGAUGAAUGGCUGCUGUAAUGUCUUAGCUCAGUUUGGGUUUCCAGAUGAAGACUUGGUGGUGGGAGCAAUGGUUCUAGUUAUGGAAACAGGUUUGUCCUAAAUUCCAUUUUGCCUCUUAUUUUCUUCCUUUAUGCUUACAAGCAACAAAAUAGGAAUCCAAGUAAAUGUGUACUUAUAUCCAGGCUGGGGAUUAGAGCCAGGUCUUACUGUUUGUGUAGCAAGCAAUUUAUCAACUGAUCUACUUCCCUAAGCCUCCAAGAUGAUAGUUACUAAAAACAAACAACCCCAGCCACCUCAAAACUUAGUAAUAUUAAUAUGCAAUUAAUGCAAAAACUUUUAGCAUUUAUCAAAAUUGUAUGGUGCCCAAAUCCCCAAACCUGCAAGACUGGCUUUCUGGCUGUCUUACAUUUGUAUACCUUACAAACUCUACUUGACUCUUGAAAGCUAAUUCACUGCAAUCCCAGACACACGGAGCAUACUUUUUAAAAAAAAAGAUAAAUUGGUACAUUUUAUCUAAUUUAAUUUUUUUCAAGUUCAUAAAACACGUAAAGAAUCAUCACAGAAUGAGUUCUGAAAAAGAUUUUCAGUUGCAGUUUGGAUAUGUCACUUUUAGCUUUGGUCACCCAGUGAAAUUAGUUCAGGAGCAACAGUUAGCCAUUACUUAUCUUAUUUGGUAAUUUCACGUGUAAGUUUACUUUAUAUGUAUAUAAACUAUGUUUUUUUUUCUUGAAACAGAAAAAUGAUAUGUAGUAUAGGCUGACCUUGAACUUGUUAUCUUACUGUUUGGUCAUACUGGGGUUUUACACGUGUGCAUUAUUAACCUUGGGUAAGGAGGGUUUAUUUUUUGUACUUUUAUAACACAUGUGUAUAACAAGAUACACUUUCCUUCCUUCCUUCCUUUUUUUUUUUUUUUUUUUUUGAGACAGGGUUUCUCUGCAUAGCCCUGGCUGUCCUGGAAUUCACUCUGUAGACCAGGCUGGCCUUGAACUCAGAAAUCCGCCUGCCUCUGCCUCCCAAGUGCUGGGAUUAAAGGCAUGCACUGCCUGGCUUACACUUUCUUUUUAAAAAAAAAAAAAGUUUACAUGUGGUGUAACUACUAUUUUAUCACCUCAUAGCUCUUUCCCACUGUAAUUAUGCUUAUCUAUGUCUAGCACAAAGGCUUUAUUUCUUUUCAUAGAUGAAGUGUUAUAGGACACAAAACAACAUGAGUUCAUUUCUCCAUUUCCCCCACCAACGGACAUAUAGGUGGUUUCCAGUUUUUCUGUUAGUAGGAGCAGUCUUCUGCUUGCCAAAGGUCCUUGCAUGGAGGUCCCUUAGAGUUGACCCCUCAAGCAACAAUGCCUGGCUGUAAGACUGAAGGCCUUCAGCAUAUCCCAGUUCUGAUAAUUUUCCAAAGCAAUUUUACUACUUAUACACCCAGUCUCACAAGUGGGCAGAAAUGAGCUCCUAGCUGCCCACAUCCUCGCUAACACUUGGUUUCAUCACACACUACUUUUUGUCAAUCAGAUAGGUGUAAGAUAAUAUCUCCUUGUGGCUUCAGUGUGCACUUUCCUGAUCACUAGGGCAAUGGAGUGUCAUUUGUAAUACUUCCUGCAUGUAGGCUUUCUCUUAGGUGAAUGGUCUGUUCAUAGCUUCACUUCCCCCUCCUCCUCAGUUGCUUAACUUUCUUUCUUUAUUGUUGAAGUGCUUCUUUAUAUAUUCUGGGCCUCAAUCAUUUCUUGUUGAAAUGGGUCACAAAUAACUUCAACUUGUAUAUACUUAUACUUAGUUCAGAGGCUCCUUCUACCAGGCAACAAUAGCAAGGACAAAAUAAAAAGAAAUAAAAAACACCCUUUAUCAAUAAAUAGAGCCCAUAAGACUCCUAGCAAGAGAGGAUAUGGAGCCUGAAUUGGUCAUCUCCUGUAACCAGUCAACACUUCUAGUGGAGGGACUGGGACACCAACCCAGCCACAAAACUUUGACCUACAAUUUGUCCUACCUACAUGGGGUAAAGGUGGCACAGAAAGUAUGGGAGUGGCCAACCAAUGACUGAUCCAGCAUGAGAGGGAAUCCACCCCUGAUACUGCCUGCAGGGCCAGGAACAAGAGGCUAGAUAACCUAGAGACCUACGACAGAACCAAACAUGACUGACAAAAAACCAAGCAAUGAAACACUCCUAAUGAUAUUCUGUUAUACGCAUAGGUUGGUGUCUAGCUCAAUUGUCAUCAGAGGGGCUUCACCUAGCAACUGAUAGAAACAGAUGCAGAGAGACCACAGACAAACAUUAGGUGGAGCUUGUGGAAUCUUGCAUUAAUGGGGGAAUAAGGAUUGUGGGAGUCAGAGGUAUCAAGAAUGCUACAAGAAAAUCCACAGAAUCAACUAACCUGGGGUCAUAGGGACCCACUAACAACUAGGGAGCCUGCAUGGGUCUGACCUAGGCCCUCUGCACAUCUGAUACAGUUGUGUACCUUGGUUUUCUUGUGGGACUCCUAACAGUAGGAACAGGGGCUGUCUCUGACUCUGCUGCCUGCCUUUGGGACCCUUUCCUUCUACAGGGUUGACUUCUCUAGCCUUAAUAGGAGAGAAGGUGUCUAGUCUUACUGCAACUUGAUAUACUGUAGCUAGUUGAUACCCAUGAGAGGGCUGCCCCUUUCUGAAGAGAAAUAGAGGAUGAGUGGAUGGGUGGGUGGAGAGGGGAGGUGGUAGUGGGGGACCAGGAAGAAAGGAGGGAGGGGAAACUGUAGUCAGGAACUAAGUAACUAAAAACUAAAUCUAGCUAGUCACUAGUCUUAAUAUACAUUCCUCAAGGACUCUCAAAUUCAUAGAUCAGAUCAUAUUUUUGAUAUCUUAGCAUUUUACUUACAAAUAGUACUGAGGUAUUAAAUGUGGGGACCCCUGAGAACAUAAAAAUAGAAAUGUUUUCUGAGAGUUAAAACUACAAAACCUAAGCACUUGUGUAUAAUUACAUAAAAAUACUUUUAAGAAGCACAAUGUCUUGAUCAGAUGUCCUGAUUAAAUACUAAACAUGUCACGGGAAAGAAUUAGUGGUUCUCUAGAAAAGGAAAGAAAAUUAAGGGGAAGCUGUGUGGGGGAAUGUCAGUAUUGCCUAGUCCAACAGUCCAGUGGGUUAGUUUGGCCAAUGGAUAUGGAGUACAAUAUGUGACUUAUUGAUAUGACCAUGGGAAGAAGCCUGGUGAGGCCAAAUGCAACUUAGAGCUUAAUAACACUUCAGUAAAGAAUGAACAGAGAGCUAGCAAAAUAGACAGGCUAAAAGACUGCCUGAGUUCAAAUAUUUGCUCCAUCAUUUAUAAGUUGCCUCGGACACGUUCUUUCUCUUACAGAGAAAAACAUGAGUAAUUGCUGGACCUCACUCAGAGUUGUUAAGAGGGCUGAAUGAUCCUGAGGUACCCAGCAAUCAGAAAAUAUUUGGUAAGUUAUCCAAAUAGCCAAAUACCAGGGGAAAGGCAGAAAUACACAGCUGGAAGCUGAGGGUAAACAUGAGAUCUAGAGAGGUAUACAAUGAAAGUGACUGUGGGCCAACUCUAGAAGAAACUCACAAAGCGAACUGAAUCCUAGCUUCUGGAGAUGUAGCAGAUAGAUUCUGCUUUAUGCUAGCCAGGCCAUACUCUAAGGCUCAGCAAGCAAAGACUGUGAGGGUAUCUGGGCAGAUGCCAAAAGAUACAUUAAUAUGUAUCUGAGCCUUGACUUUUCUGUAUAAUCUGGAUCGCUGAACUAGUCUUCAUAUUGCAAUGGAAAAUAGCAACAAGGUCACUUCCCUAGAGUUCUGCCCUCUGCUGUGUUAUUUUUGCUUUUGUUCUUUUGGAGGCAGGAACUCUUUACAUAGCCCAGGCUGGUGUUCAACAUGCUAUUCUAGUGACGGAGUCUUCCAAGUUCAGGGAUUCUAAGUGAAUACCAUCAUGGCCAGUCUACCCUAUUUUCAAAUAUUGGCCAACUGCAAGUUUCUAGAUCAAAGUUCUUCAUGCCUUCUGCUAAUCCUGCUGGCAUAGACUUUACAAAGAGUCAUUUAAUAGCAGUUCCUUUCUCUGUUUCCUUCCUGCCUCUUACUGCUGUCCUCCAAAUGAGAUGUUCUUAGCACCCCGGACACUCCCUCCUGCUGUUUUUCUUUCCUGUACUCAGUAGCACCUUUCUCUUCCCCAGUUCAGUUUUGUCUCUGUGUCCCUACUUUCUCUUUUAAGACCCUUUUCUCAUAACUGCAUGCGCUCUUCUUUUCCACACCCCCUCUCCAUCUGUCAGAAGCAGAAAUGCUCAUCUGUAUGGGGAAAUUCAGUCUGUACUCAGAAGAAAAACACCGUUUCCUCUAUAUUUUUAAGCGAAGACAUUGAGCUGGCUGCAAAGGGAACUGACAGGUUUGCAUGCAUGCUUAUAUUCACUUCCCCUUUGUGGCCAGCAAGGCUUGAAAAACACAGGACACAUGGGGUCAGAUCUUGUGGGUAAAGAUUACAUGGUUCCAAGUAUGUGUGGCAACUAGGAAGAGAAGAUAGUCAAGUAGCAAGUGAGUCUCCUGAUCCAAUGAUUGGAUAUUUAUGACCCUCAUAAUAGUGAAACCUUGAGUGAUGGGUACAGCCUAGAGGCGUGGGGGCUGCUCCCUUAACCUUCUGAAAGGACCAUUUUUCUACAUCCUUUCAGGCUGUGGUACUAUAGAUGUUAGUGACAAUACCUAGCUCUAAGGAGCAAAUAAACUUCUAGAGCUAGCAGGAUUAGGCUUUUCUUCUAGCUUUCUUGCCAAGCUAGAUUGCUGUUCUAGAAGCACAGAAAGAGAUAUUCAUAGAUGAAAAUUACAAAGGGCCAGCUUUGUGAUACAUUUGGUAUGAGAAGGAACCAAAGCAGUUCCACACUUCCAGCACUUGGACAUGUGAGGUCUCUUUGCAAAGCAUAAUUCUCUUUCCUUUGAGGAAUGUUGCUGAGGAAACAGUGGACUCUAAGCUACACAUACCUUAUUAAUCCCUAGGGAGAGAGCCAUUUUACUGCACUAAAGGGAAAAAAAUAUAAAAGCCUAGUCAGGUCAUCAAAAGUGAAAGCAUAUUCAAAGAAAUGUGGUAGAUGAAAAUGAAAACAGUAUGUUCUUGCCAGCUCUUUUGUUUGUGAGGAGGGAUGAGGGAGUUGUGUACUCAUGUGAGAGAUCCAUGCAGGAUGGAAGGUGGUGACUGAAGCUUUAGUGACAAAGCACACGUUCUCGGGGAUAAAACCCUGGAUGUGCCCCUGAUGUAGAGAGCUAAGCUGCGAGGCACUUCGAGGAGGAAGUAUCGGCAUAGUUGGCCUGCUACUGGAAGAAGGGAGGACAGUGGAGGAGAAAGGGCAUCGCUUCUAGUACUUUCUUCAGAGGAUAAAAUGUACUAUAAAAUACAUUUGUUAACUAUUUUCAUUAUAAGCCCUUUAGCAUUACUUGACUUUUCAAACUGUAUCCAUUAGCUGCUAUAAUUUUAUUUUAGAAGUUAAAUCCCACAAGGUGACCACAAAAUUGUCCCAUGCUAAAAUGUUAGACUGUUUUUUUUUUCUUUUUCCUUUUUCUCAUUUCAGUGGGUGUAGGAUCUCACUAUGUGGCUUGGGUUGUCCUAGAAGCCAGGCUAGCUUCACAUAGAUCCAUCUGUCUCCCGAGUGCAGGGAAUAAAGGUGUGCCCCACCACACUCAGCUUGCCAGACUUUCUUUUAACCUCCAGGAUAAUUAGAGUCAUGAAUAUUUCACAAACGUGACUCAUGAUAAUCAUUAAAACAAAAUAAGACAAAGCCAAGCCUUAAAUGAUUUAUCCUAUUCAUGGCUGAUGAGUGGCACUGGGCUUUCAUCUUGAGAGAAUUUGUUGUUUUAAAAUUAUUUUCACUUUAUCACUUUUAAAGUGGUUUUCAUGCACUAGAAAAAGUAAAUUUAUAGAUUUCUUAGAGCUUAAAAGGACAAAACCCUCAAUAUUAAAAAAAAAAAUUUCCCCUAGCCUGUACUGCAGUCAUUUCCAGCUGGAAACUAAGCAAAUUAUUUAAAAAAAAAAAAAAAAAAAAAGAACUGUGUUGCGGUGAUAUACUGCCCUCUGCUGGCCAGAGCUCUAAAGAAGCAAGCACUUUACAGAGCUGUUCCAUGUUAAAAUGUAACAAAGCUUUUCUUUCCAAUUGUUUUCUACUAGGUAUUUCAGGUUGGUUUUUCCUAAAAUAAAGGCAACAAGAAAAUAUUAGAAACAGCCAGGUAUGUAUACUUGUCUAGAGUGACUGAUUUCAACUCUAAAUUAUUUCCACAUAUCAAAAGGUUGCAUCAAGAUGCAAGUGCCAAUGGAUGAGACUCCUAAUUUAAUAGGAAUUAUCAGUGACUGCUAAAAUCCACUGUGUAAAAGGGUAACAUUAAAUUUAGGAUCUCAAAAUAUAAGCUUCAGAUUACAUAAAAAGUUGACAUAAGUAAAAGCUAUUUUUGGUCAAAGGAGAUAUGAGAUACUUGGUCACCUUAUCAGAAGCAUCAACGCCCAAACAGCUUUUUGUACGGGUACCUUGUCUUUUUGUUGUUACUUAUCUUAUUUACUUAGUUUUUGUUUGUUUUAGUUUUCUUUUCUUUUUUUGAGAGAGACAGAAAGAGACAAAGUUGAGAGGGAGGGGAAGGAGGGAGAGAGAAUGUGAAUUUGGGUAGGGAGGAUUUGGAGGAUGGGAAAGGAUAUGAUACAAAUAUAUUAUAUGAAAUGCCUUUUAAAAUAAAAUAAAAAAUAACAGAUUCUAUGAGUGCUAUCUUAUCUAAUGUGAGUCAGGAUAAACAACCUUUAACACUUGGGAUCAAUUCAAGCCCUAGUUGUGUUACAACACAUGAUAUGCUUGUCCUGUUGAAGAAAUAAAAGCAUUUAUCUCCGAUAUAUCUUAAACCUUCUAUGUAUGUAUGUAUGUAUAUAUGUACAUAAAUAUAAAAUAUAGUUAAGUGGUUGUCAUUUAUUAUCAAAUUUUGGUAUUUUUUGAGACAGGGUUUUUUUGUGUAGCAGAACAGGCUGGCCUCAAACUCACAGAGAUCUCCUUGGGAUUAAAGGGGUGUGCCACCAUCACCCAAACUCUCUCCUCUCCUCUCCUCUCCUCUCCUCUCCUCUCCUCUCCUCUCCUCUCCUCUCCUCUCCUCUCCUCUCCUCUCUCUCUCCCUUUCCCCCUCCCUCUCUCUCUCCCUCCCUCCCUCCCUCGCUUGCUUGCUUUCUGAGACAAGGUCUCAUUAUAUAGACUUGUUUGACCUGAAACUGUGUAGACCAGGCUGGCCUCAAAGUCAGAGAGAUCCAUCUGUUCUGCCUCCAGAGUGUUGGGAUUAAAGACCUGUGCUGCCAUGCCUGGCUGUUAUCAAUUGUUCUAGCAGUUCACAUAAACUGCAGUACUUCAAUUUUGGGGGUUCUCAAUAUGAGCAAUUGAAUUCAAACACUAACAGGUACAGGAAAGAACACCUCGUGCCCAAUUCUCUUUCCCUGGCCAUUGAUAUAACCUCCUCCUUGAGUAAAGACAAAAAGGGACACAAACACAGUCUUAAUCUUAAAACAAUUUUAUCGAGAAAUUAAAAAGAAGUGGCUAGAAAUAAGAUGACCUUGUUCUUGGAAAGAAACAUGGAGAAUUCUGGGCACUGAUACAUGAUCGUAAUCUCUUUGCAUUCCCAGUUGCUGUGUUGUGAUAUGGGCAUGUGUUUACUUGUGGUAAUUCGUGAUAGGUCACAUUUCUCCCAGACUCUUGUCAAAUGCCUUAUUUUCUAAAAUGCCUGCUUUUAAGGAAAGAAAAUAAGUUUCUUUGUACACUUCAAAGGUAGCACAGGCACGGCAGGCAGUAACACAAGAAUUGCUGGCUCAUUUACAUCUUUACCUUUGGCUUUCAAAGUACCCACAGGGAAGAAUGGUUGGUUCUGAAACAUGAUAUGAGCAUGCAACUGCACACACAUGAACACACGUACACAUCCAUAAAAAGAGGGGAAAAGCCCCCUGAUAGUCCUAAAAACCACUGACUUCUCAUUCAGGCCCCCAGGGACCUAAAAGCACAGUGUAAGCCUGGUGUGUCUGCCUUCAUUUUGCAUCUAUCUCUUUUAAUCUGGCUCAUUAGCUUUGUCUACUUCUUUCAAUAUGAAUCACUCAAGGAGUGUCUAUCAAAUUAUCACUUAUUCCAUUGUCCUUUGAGGCCAAGGACACAGAGACAGGACUAAAGGGGGCAUCUUAGUGUCAGCUUUUUACCAUGUUCUGUUCCGGAUGCCUAAAAGGUGCCUAAAGAUAUCCAGUUAUUAUCCUAAACCAGGACUCCCUUGGAUUCUAUCACCUAGAUGAUGAAAUUUAACCAGUGAGGACUAGAGUGUGAGCAAUCAUCUCCUGGGGACCACCCUGUUCCCUUGAACAAUAAGAAAGCCUACAGACUACCUUUGCUGAACCAUAACUGAGACAAUGAUCAGUGAGUCACACAAACUACUGGCUACACCUUGACUAAGGCUGUAUAAUUAUGCACAACUCUUGCCUCCUUGCCUCAAUUUGUCCUCUAAUCUACAGCUGAUAUCAGUACCCUGAGAGGGAUUUGGGGUCACCAGACACUGUUCCUCUUUUUGAUGUGCACAUGAUUACCUCUCCUGUCUCUGAUUUUCACGAUUUGUCAUUUGCUUCUUGAGUUGGCAUAUUAAGAUGGGUGGCCAAGGCCAGCCUGUUAGGGUUGCUGGAGAAAGCGCUUUUAUCCUAAAACUCUAGUUACACUUGGGUCUUCCACGACUACAGAUUCUUGUAGUAGAAUGUGAGGACCUGAGAGCAGUAGCACUGGAAACAAGGCUAUGGCCAGAUACCACAUCCUAAAGAGAACAGAAGGUUCACUGAACUUGAACAAACCACAGCUUUGAGUAACAGGACUGCACUGCACAUCUAAAGCUAACUGGCUUGUGUAAGCAUUGAACUGAUGAACAAGGCUUACUGUGGUCCCCUUUGAGGGAAAUUAAGAAUGGUGUUCUAAUAUGCACACAUUUAGACACGUGUUCUUGUCUUGCACAAUAGCUUCCCUCUCAAUGCCCUGAGCUACUGAUUGGUCAGAUGGACAAAUUUUAAACUGUCCAGUUGUAGCCAAUUUAGAUAUUAGCUUGGAGAGCCAAAAAGUAAGUUCCCAUUUGAAACACACAAGUUCAGAUAAGUCUAAGGUAUCUCAUGUCCUCCUGCUUUUGGUUUUGAGGGAAACUGGUAAGUGACCCUCAAACCCACCCCUCAAAGUUGAUAGAGGUAGUAACAACAGCUCACCAUGGGCUGCAAAACUGAAUGAGCUUUCCUUUUGGAUCACUCUUACUAAAAUACUCCAAAGGAAUUCCAGGGGCCAGAUUUAAAACCAUCACCUGAGGCAGAUCAGAAGGAUCAGAAGAGUAUGUACUGGAGAGUGCUUGGGCAGAUGAUCUGAGAAGUAAUCAGAUAAGGAGAUUUACAUGUGGACAAAGGAAACCGCACUCUGAAGAGGAGAAAGAUGAGAACACAAAGAGCCAGAGAAAAUUUGUGAUCCCGAAGUCCAAAGGGGCACACUAUGUCCUAGAGAACUUGCAACUUGGUUUGAUAUUCUUGAAAUAGCUCCAUGACAAGGAAUAUUUUUGUUAGCUUAGUAUUUCCUGCCAUUACUUUUUUCUACUACUGGAGAGUAUUGUUUACUGUCUUAGAAAAUCUUUUAUAGUAUUUACCUAGUCGUCUCACUUGAGUCGUUUCUUCCCCGAGCCUCAUUUUCCACCACCAUCUAUCACACAUUCUCUGUUCUUCCCUUUCAGUUCUUUUAAUGAACCAUUGUGAUUUACCAACUCACUAAGUUUUUAUUUCUCAGACACAUCACAUCUACAUCUUCCUUGGAUUUGAAGACACUCUAGUUUGUGGUUAGCAUUAUACUUCUGGGACCUCCAUGUGCUACUAGAAAUGUAGUAGAAACUCCAAUAAAUAUUUGAGUGAACUGUACUGUUUAAGGAAAAUGUAUGAUAGUGAAAUCCAAAAUGGUCUGAGAAUGGAGCAAUGGCCACCAUUUUAAGGAAUUGUCCAUCUUGGGGAACUCAGGUCUAGGAAAGGGCUUGCCGGCUAUGCAAACAUCCUGGAGAUGGGCCACAAUGAACACACAGUGGGACAGUAGGGAGAAAUUAUGUGCCUUCCCCUUUCCUUCUCCAGAAGUUACCUUUGUGCUAAAGAAGAGCUCACCUAAAUGACAAAAAUGUUAAUUGCCAAACAAUUUGUGGAUUUAUUGGCACCCCCACCUCCAACUCCUGGUGACUUUCUGAUAACAUCUGAAUGUGCAGCUCUCCUUGUUCUUUUAAUCCCCUGCAUCAGUUAACACAAAGCAUACAAAUUGCUGUGGAGGUUAACUUGUAGAUAACUAAUGUGUUUGUAGCUAUUUUCAGAAGGUCAAGGUUGAUUACAGUUCUAGCCAGAGGCGGGCAGGGGAAUGGGCACAGAGCCUCCUGCCCAUCGUUCGACUGUAUAACCCAGGCUUUCCUACCCUUCUUAUAACCCAAUUCUCCAAGACAGAGCUUUGCUGAUGGUUGCCCUCUCCAGCUUCUCAGGAUCAAUCUUUGAGUAAGCCCAACUUCUCAUCAUCUACGUACUAGACGAGUGGUAAGCAAAUGAGGUGGACUUGGGUUUGGAAACAAGAAUUGGCAGAACUGGGCUGGGGAUGCAGGUUGCUCAGUGGUCAGUGCUAAAUGCACAUUUAGCCUUCGGUUAUGGUCAGUUCAGACUACAUGCUAUAACUAUUAAUUUGUUUUGAAACACAUUUGCUACCUCCAAAAUCCAUCAUAAAAUGUUCUAACUCAUGUACUCAUUAUUACAACUCCAAAUGGAGGUAGAACAUGCCAAUUAGAAGUAGAGAAAAGUUGUUUAUUAGUAACCAAACUGGGUUCUAGUCCCUAUAUAUACUCUGAGCACACAGAGAGCAAGCAUCUCUGGGCAUCAGUUUUUUUCAAUCUUAAAACAGCAGAGACCACUGAUGAGCAUGAAUUUUAAUCCAGCCUAGUGAUAUUUGAUUUGAGCAAGCCGGUAUAAAUAAGAAAACUUCAAGUUUUGUUUUGUUCUACUCUUAGAAAAGAUGGAUUGCAAAGAAGCUGUUCACAAAUGAUUUUGUAGUGAAGUUUAGAGACAAAUUUAUGUUGGUAUUUUAUUGAGUUACUGGAAAGAAGUUCCUUUUACUAUGCUCACAGAAAAAUAAUUAGCUAUGUGUGAUUAAACCUUAGAAAUGCAACUUCAGCCAAUCACAACAAUAAAGCUAACUACUUCAUGAAAUCAUCAUAAGUAUACUACAUAUAUAUUUAUUUAUACAGUACAUAUUUAUACUAAAUAUAUGUAUUACCCACUAACUUCCUCCCACUAAAGAAAUAGAGAAAUGAGGGUUGUGUUUGUUUUUUUUUUUUUAAGGAGGUACUGGUUAUAUUUACUGUAACUGUUGACUUUCUUCAACAAUCUAAUUUCCCUUUUUCUCCCCACUGUACUUGGUGUCAUGCAAGACUCUACUCAUACUGAUUAAGGAUACUGGAAGAGUGAAGAUCAGAGAACUGUGAGUGUGAAACAGUCAAUGAGCAUAAGCUACUCAGACAGACGAAGGACUUAUCCAUCGCUUUAAGUACUGUUGCUUUUACUUUAAGCAGACCACUGUGACAACGAGAAAAGCUCCUGUGACAAAAAUCAAGAAAAUCUAAUAUAAAUGACUAAUAACUCGACAUGCAUUCAACCAUCCGUGAUUUCUACCACAGCUUUACCGGUCACUUACAUCUUUUUGUUUAUUAUUGGUCUCUUUGGAAACUCACUUGCUCAGUGGGUAUUUUUAACAAAAAUAGGUAAGAAAACAUCAACACAUAUCUACUUGGCAAAUCUUGUGACUGCAAACUUACUUGUGUGCACUGCUAUGCCUUUCAUGGGUAUAUAUUUCUUGAGAGGUUUUUAUUGGAAAUAUCAAUCUGUACAAUGCAGACUGGUCAAUUUUUUGGGAACUCUUUCUAUGCAUGUAAGUAUGUUUGUCAGCCUCUUAAUUUUAAGCUGGAUUGCCAUAAGCCGCUAUGCUACCUUAAUGAAAAAGGAGUCCAAGCAAGAGGCCACCUCAUGCUACGAGAGAAUGUUUUAUGGUCACGUACUGAAAAGAUUUCGCCAGCCCAACUUUGCCAGAACAAUGUGUAUUUACAUAUGGGGAGUUGUGCUUGUCAUAAUUAUUCCAGUUACCCUAUACUACUCAGUAGUCGAGGCUACAGAAGAAGGACAGAGCCAGUGCUACAAUCGGCAGAUGGAACUGGGAGCCAGACCUUCUCAGAUUGCGGGUCUCAUUGGAACCACAUUUAUUGGAUUCUCCUUUUUAGUAGUAGUGACAUCAUACUAUUCUCUUGUCAGCCAUCUGCGAAGAGUAAGGACCUGUACCUCCAUUACCGAGAAAGAUUUGACCUACAGAUCUGUGAAAAGACACCUUUUGAUCAUCCAGGUCCUCCUAGUAGUUUGCUUUCUUCCAUAUAGUAUUUUUAAACCCAUUUUUUAUGUUCUGCACCAGAGAGAAGGAGACUGUCAGCAGCUGAAUUAUUUAAUAGAAGCAAAAAACAUCCUCACUUGUCUUGCAUCAGCCAGAAGUAGUACAGACCCCAUUAUAUUUCUUUUAUUAGAUAAAACAUUCAAGAAGACACUAUAUGGUCUCCUUACAAAAUCUUAAUUCACUGCACAUUCUAACAUAUGGUUGACUUUUGGAUAGAAAACACCACAAAAUAGGAAAAAAAAUGCAUGUGACUCUUAGUGACAUUAACGGGCACCAAGAAAACCUCUAUGGUUUUUUUAAAAAAAGAUAUAUGCAUAAAAUUGGACUUACAGUUCUACUUAUAUUGAAAGACCAGAUGGCAGAGACUUUCAGAGACAAGUCAAGCAUACCAAAGGGAUUCUACUGUGUGUGAAGUCAGACUUUUUGUUUUGUUUUGUUUUGUUUUCAGUCAGUUGUGGAUAUUCUGUUCAAAACACAAUAUUUUAUGACUAUAGGAUGAAGAACCAAAAAGGCUUAUGGGUUUGCCUGCUUUCUAACCUAAUGCAAGUACCCAUCUAUGGUCAGAUUUUAUAUUGUUGGUAACUUUAAAAAAUAAUUUUAAAAUGUAAGUACUGGAAAAGUCGAGCAGUAAGAAAUGUUUUUAUUUAAAUCCCAUCUAACUGCAUGAAUAAUGCAGUGUGAAGUCAAUUUGGUAUUAUUUGGCUCAUUUUACUGGGAAAGGCAAUAUUCAAUGAUUCUAAUAUUUAAUACAUAGAUUUUACUUACACACAUUUGGAUUACACUUGUCAAAAUAAAAAAAUAUAAAAUUAUAUGUCCAUCUAUAUGCUAUUUUAUAUAUUUCCAAUAUAAAUAAUGGUGCUAUCAAUGAUAGUACCUGCCAUCUAUUUAAUUAAUUUUUGUAAACUAAACAAAUGAAGUAUAAAGAAUUGUAACCAUGUUGGAUAAAAGGCUGGCCUCUGGAUUCAAACUGUCUGGGUAUUAUACUGUCUCCAUCUCUUAUUUAGAUGGAGAAUUUUGGGCAAACUACUUACUCUCUUUACAUAAUAGUUUCUUUAAUCGUGGAACAGAAAAUAUGACCUGAUUCAUAUCACUAUUAUUAAA